AUGGUUACCUGCAGGCAGAUGAACUUUGAAGGAAUGUUGAUUGUCCUAGUGGUAGCUUUCGUUUUCAAAGUCUCAGGAUCGGUUGCAUAUGCCCGGAAACAGGUGCAAAUGCCUACAGACUUAUCAAUGCAACAGGUCAGAGACAUGUUGGUGGGCUUCCAGAAAACGCAAUUAAUAUACUCUGCAAGUAGUCUGGGAAUCUUUGAGGAGUUGGGCAUCGCGACAGAACCGACUGCAGCCAUGACGCUGGCCACCAAACUAUCGCUGAACGCCGACGCUACCGAACGUCUCCUCAAUGCUCUGACUGCUAUCAGACUUGUAAUUAAAUCAGUUGAUUCUAAUAACGUAGCCGUUUAUACCAUUGGAAACUCGGCCAAGCAGUAUCUUCUCAUUACCAGCAGAUUCUCACUCAAACCUCUCGUAACAAAAAUCGGCGAUCUUUACAAUAUCUAUGGGAAGCUUUCACAGGGUGUCAAAGAAGGGAAGAAACAGCUUACAGCUGGAACUUUCGAUGGAGGAUUUUACACCAGUGACGAGAAAACGAAGCAAUUCCUGGCUACUAUGCACAUGUUCUCGAACUCCGAUGGACCCCACGUUUUGAAUGCUCUUGACCUUUCGCAAUUCAAAACUGCUCAUGAUAUCGGAGGAGGUCCGGGUUCGUUUGGAUAUUUGCUGGCGAAGAAGUACCCAAAGAUGAAUGUCACAGUAUCUGAUCUACCAAGCGUCAUCAAAUUUACCAGUCAUUUUCUGCCCGCGGAUCUGCCAGCAAAUUUAUAUUUUGAAUCAGUUGAUUUCUUCAUUGACACACUGCGUCCAGCCGACCUGUACAUCAUGGACAAUGUGUUGCAUGACUGGAACGAGGAAAGCCUCAAUAAGUUAAUUACGAGAGUUCACCAGGCUAUCAAUCCAGGCGGCAGUUUGAUGGUGAUGGAGAAGUUUUUGAACCAGGAGAAAGACGGCCCUCUGACGACACUCAUCAUGGAUCUGGGAAUGUUGCUGACAUCAGAUGGAAGGGAACGAACCCUCGCAGAAUACCAACAAUUUUUCACGAAAUACGGAUUCGAAACAACUCACUCGGCUUCGAUCCCUGACUCCAAAUUCAAGGACGUCAUGUUGUUGAAGAAACUGCCUUAG